ACAGAGACCACAGAGCAGUGUGAGAAAGAAGUCUUACAGAAUCACAACCAGGCAUUACCCAUCCACUUUCAAAACAACUGAAUACAACUGUCAACGAACUCGAAUCAGAAAUAAAGACGUUUUUGUUCAUGAAAUCAGGACAUGCGAACAACUGCAUGCGCCUCUCCAACAGCAAUUUACUGUAUCCACGCUGCACAGUGAAACUUUCAACUCUGACAUCGUCGGACGAGCUGACCAGAACAGAGGUAAUCUACAACCUACCAGACUCACCUUUAAGUGUGUCAUCACUGGUUCCCACCAUGGGAAGUAAGACUCUUGCUACACCUGUUCCCAUUCAUCCAUCUUUACAACUGGCCAACUACUCUCUUUUGCAAGCUUCCAGUGGGUUUCGACUGCCAUCCGACCAGCUACCAGACAUCUAUGGCUUUAGUGCCCUUCAAGCUGUCCAUCUACACCACUGGACCUUGGGAUACCCUCCAAUGGGGCUACCUCGCUCUUCCUUUUCCAAAAUCCCGACUCUGGUGGAUGGCAGGUUCCAGUUACCUGCCAUUCCAAUCUUCCCCCACAUCAUCCAGCCAAAACAAGAUGCCACAAACCUGCCUGCCAAAACCAAGCCCAGGUUUGAUUUUGCCAACCUGGCGGUAGCUGCCACCCAAGAGGACCAUUCCACUUCUAAGGCAGAAGAUCUGAGCUCCCCUCCGGCCAUCAGCUCCUUUCUUGACAUCACAAAGCUGUCACCAGAAAGGAAACCUAGCAGAGGGAGGUUGCCUUCAAAAACCAAAAAGGAGUUUGUGUGCAAGUUCUGUGGGAGGCAUUUCACCAAAUCGUAUAAUCUUCUAAUUCAUGAAAGAACGCAUACCGACGAGAGACCGUACAUAUGUGACAUUUGCCAUAAAGCUUUCAGGAGGCAGGAUCAUCUCAGAGAUCACAGGUAUAUCCAUUCCAAAGAAAAGCCCUUCAAGUGUCAAGAAUGUGGGAAAGGAUUUUGCCAAUCCAGAACAUUGGCUGUCCACAAAACACUGCACAUGCAGGUCAAGGAGCUCAAACCUUCAAAGAUAAAAUGCUAGAAGGACUUCUGCGAAGCAAUAAAAUA